CGGCCCGCCUAAUUGUAAUGAGAGUGUGCUCAGUAUAUUAAUCCGCAUGUUAUCUUUUUUUUCCGAUCUCUAUGCCCUGUACAUUUUUUUGAAAAAAAUAUCAUUUCCCAGCACGACGUAUUGCCCGCGAAAGCGGCAACUGUAAACGGGAGUCAACGAUCUUCCCAGCUGGCUUAGAACUGAUCUGCGGUUUCAAAGUGAAGCAGCCAAAGCAGUGAGGCAGUUGUGUACCUACAGUAUUAGCGAGUAUGUUCCACGGGGCAUCAGUGCAUACUGGACCUGCAUUGCCAUCAUGAGCACUGUGUAGAUCGGGUAACCCAAUAACAUCACAGUAUUGUUUAACAUUUAUUUUGUUGAUAUCCACUGUCCAUUCUACAGUCUGCACAGAUGAGUUCAUAUUUUGUAAAUCCAUUCUACUCUAAGUAUAAACCAGGAGAAGCUUUGAGUCCCACUUACUACGACUGCCGGUUUCCACAAGACGUGACCAGCAGACACGCUGUCGUCUAUGGUCCCAGCAGCGGCGCAAGCUUCCAGCACCCAGCUCAAGUUCAAGAUUUUUACCACCAUGGGACAUCUGCACUUCCUAAUGCUGGCUUUCAACAGAAUCCUUGUGGAAUUACGUGUCAUGGUGACCCCUCUAAAUUUUACGGAUACGAUAACUUACAAAGACAGCAAAUUUUUACGACACAGCAAGAGGCCGAUCUGGUACAAUAUCCUGACUGUAAAUCGUCUAGCAGUAAUAUUGGCGAAGAACCAGAACACUUAAAUCAGAACUCGUCUCCUACUCAAAUGUUUCCCUGGAUGAGACCUCAAGCGCCCGGCAGACGCAGAGGAAGGCAAACUUACAGCCGCUUCCAAACACUGGAGCUGGAAAAGGAAUUUCUGUUCAAUCCGUAUCUGACUCGAAAGCGAAGGAUCGAGGUUUCACAUGCUCUGGGACUGACAGAGAGACAGGUGAAGAUUUGGUUUCAAAACAGGAGAAUGAAGUGGAAAAAGGAAAACAACAAGGACAAAUUUCCAAGCUCUCGGAACGACGACGAGGAGGAAGAGGUCAAAAAAGAACAGGAAGAGCCUGAGCAGGAGACAACAGAAAAAGAGACCAAGUAACUUUACCCCCUUUGGCCUCUAAGCAAAACGUCAUUCAGUUUGUCCAAACUGCACUGUUAAACAGUGUUGAACAGAAUGAAUCUCCGGCACAUUGAUGGCUAGGUUAAUGUAAACUGUCCACCUGUUUUUUGAAAUUCUUUAGAGCCUUAAUUCAACAUUAUUUCUCAUGAAUUCGCUGUGCAUCAUUUUAACCUUUUCAAUCACACCUUGACAGAUCAGCCAUCAAAUAGAAAUUUGCGGCUCCCCUUAUUAUAAGUGGCAAGUGGCAAAAUCACAGAAGAAAUCGCCAUUUUGAAUAAAGGUUUUAUUGCUUUUUAAUAAGUCGAAAAUAUGAGAUGGUAUCGUGAUUGAUUUAGUUUGUUGAUUUUAUUUAGCAUUUUGUGAUUAUACCCAACAACAUGAACUGCCUAAUAGAAUGAAUAAUUUGGAAUGUAUUGCGAACACACUUAAUGAUAGAAAAAAUGUGCACUUACGAUGUGUCUUAAUUACUGUGCGUUUGAAAUAAUUGGUGGUGUAUUGCGGCCGGAAAUUCUCAACCAUUACCUAUCUCUGAUACGCAAAUUAUAAACACAAGCAAAAAAUGACAAGGUAUUCCGCAGCAAUAGUCACUUUUUAAGAUGCUCGAAUGUGAUUAAAUUAAUAAAUGUUGAUUACAUUUAAUUGUGUACUUGUUUCAUUUUCCGACAAGUAUUCCGAACGAACAAAAAUGUUGGAAAGGAAAAUCAAUCCGGUCAUCUCGAAACAAUCAACUGAGAUUACUGGAUUACUAUCUUGCCAGUUUUUUGCGGCUGCUUCUAGGCUGCUCCUUUCCAAUGAAAUCAGAUGUACUUUAUUUUUGUUUCUGUAUCUCUGUAGUCACAAUGUUUAAGCCUGCCAUGCAGCAACACGGCCGUUACAUGGACGCAAAAGCCUGAAGAUGGCGUAAUUCUUUAUAUGUAGUUAUAAAAGUUAAUGAUAUCGUCGAUGAUUAGAAUAUUAGUUUAUCUAUGCUCCAAGUUAAAAGUAUUUCCAGUGACCAUUGGCUAAUGAGAUCACAUGCCCGGCUCAUGUGUGGCUAAGCCGACGCUGUAAAAGUUAGUGUUUGGUGUUACACUGCGGUCUACUGUACGCGUAUAUCAGCAAAUCUCGUAAAACCGACAAUAAAAGUUCUAAUACUACAAAUCA